AUGAAGCUCCUCGCGGCCCUCCAGUUCCUCGCCGUCACAGUCACUUUCGCAUUAUCUCUUGAACGAACACGAAGCCUUGAGAUCAGAGACUUGGCGGCAAAUCACUACUCCAACAUUACGCUAGCCACGCUGCAAUUCACCAUCCACGAUCCAAGCAGAGAUAUCACUGACGAUUGCAAUAUAGCUUGGAAUACAAGUAGUGUCACCCAACCUGGCCUGGCACCCUACAAGUGUCAACGCCGACACUUCGAGUUCGGCUUUCGCUAUGGCAUUGGUGAUAUCGAGUUCUUUACGCUGGUCGUGCAGCAGAUGAAUGGGUCUGCUCAGGGCUAUUCCGUUGUGACGGCGCAUAGUACGAAUUCAAGAUGGAAAUGUGUGCAAGGACCAGAGGAGGGCCUUCGGGAGCAUUGUGUGUGGUCGGGGACUUUGAAGAUCGAGAUGGAUUAA